CACAAGCACAUCUAUUCAACACCCUACUCAGCUCUUCUAGGACGUUCGACAUAUAAAAUCAAUUAAGUCAUCAUGUCGGAAGGAGAAGGCUCACCCGUCCCCGAAGUCGAGGUCUCCGCCGAGGCGACCGGUGGCUCCGGCCAAAUGUCCGUCCUGGACGCACUCAAGGGCGUGCUCAAGCUGGCGCUGAUCCACGACGGACUCGCACGUGGCCUGCGUGAGGCUUCCAAGGCUCUCGACCGUCGCCAAGCGCACAUGUGUGUGCUCAACGAGGCCUGUGAGGAAGAGGCAUACAAGAAGCUGGUCGUUGCGCUGUGCAGCGAGCACAAGAUCCCGCUGAUCAAGGUGCCCGAUGGCAAGCAGCUGGGCGAGUGGGCUGGGCUUUGCCAGAUCGACCGUGAGGGUAACCCGCGUAAGGUCGUCAACUGCUCUUGCGUCGUUGUCAAGGACUGGGGUGAGGAGUCCCAGGAGCGUACCAUCCUCCUCAACUACUUCCAGACCGAGCAGUAAGCGUUGCUUGAGACCGUCUCGACCCUAAAGCGUGCUGCGAUCCGGGUUUCUCUGUUCGACUUGUAUAUAUGAUGAUGCCUAGAUCCGCAUUUAGGAUCGUAUGGGACGGACGUGGGAAGGGCUGUGUAUCGCAGUGCAUUGCAUAUACGGCAGGCAUAAAAAAUAACCAAAACUUCACUGCCA